UUUACACAUUUACACUGAUGUUGUGUUUGGUUUGGUUUAGUAAAUUCUGUUCAAACAACAUUUUAGAAGUUAGUGAAGUUAAUUUUAAAGCCUUUCUAAGUAAUAUUAUGUAAACGUGAACCUGUUUAGUAGUUUUUUAGGCCUUAUUAAAAUGCCUUUUACAUGUGAAGUAUGCAAACAAACCUUUUCUCGUUGUGCUUACAUAAACCAUUGUGCUCAAAGCAAUUGUAGGCCUAAAUCCAACCCCAAAAUAGGUCUAAGUCAUAAUGAAAAAUUAGUUUCAAUAAAGAUUCAGCAACGUACGCCUACGUCAGAGCCUGCACCAUGCAAUAAGGAUGAUUUGCCUAAACAUCUUGAAAAUGGUCUAAGUCAUGAUGAAAAAUUAGUUUCAAGAAAUAUUCAGCAACUUACGCCUACGUCAGAGCCUUCACCAAGUAAUAAGGAUGAUUCACCUACACAUCUUGAAAAUGGCGCCCUGUUUAUGGUUGUUAGUUUGGACAAGAAGACUAGUAGUAGUAGUUCAACAGAGGUUACUGAGAAAACCCAAGAUGAUUCUAACACAAGUUUAAGUAAUAUCUUUUUGGAAGAUGGAGCAAACCAAAGUAACGGUUGUGAGAUUGAAUCAAUAUUACAAGAUAAUAUCAGUGAUAUAGAAGAAAACAUUUUGAAUAUGAUAAGUGGCACCCUGGAUCCACAAAUUCUAGAUGGAGUAAUGGAACUAGAACAUGAACAACUGAAUGAAAAUGUUGGAAAUGAAGAAAUUCUUGGUGGAGUUGGGUUAUUAAUUCAACAAGAAAAUAGUGAAAACAAUCCAAUCGUGUUUACUGAAAAUAAUGAGGAAAUUCAGAUUGAAGAAAAUAUAGAGAAUGAGGGCUUUCAAAUCAAUCAAGCAGAACCACCUAAAGGUUUUACUAAAAAAGGAAACCCUAGAAAGCGAGCAGCACCAAGAAAAAAGGAAGAAAUAAAAUCAAAGCGACAAAGAAACAAAGAGAAACACAAUAUACAACCUCCCUGCAGCGAUAAUUGUAAGAGAAAAUGCAUUCAAAAGGUGUCAGAAGAAAGAAGGUGUGAAAUACAUGAACACUUUUGGUCAAUGGAAGAUAACGAGAGAAAAGUUUUUAUUUUAGGUCAUGUGGAGAAAAAAAAAGUCGUUAGAAACACAAAAGAUGAAGAUAAUUCACGAAGAGGGAAAACUUUCUUUUACCAUCUUACCAAUUCUGAAGGAGAAAGAAAAAAUGUGUGCAAGACUUUCUUCCUAACCACUCUCGGCUACAAAAAAAAGAAUGACAUGUUUGUGUUUAAUGUAUUGAAUAGAUCAAUUAGUGGUGUUUCCCCUAACUGUGACAAGCGAGGCAGACAUACCCCUCACAAUUUCAUCGAUAAAACUAUAAUCAAAGAUCACAUUUUAAAGUACAACCCAUGCAUUUCUCACUAUAGGAGAGAGCAUGCGCCAAAUAGAAAAUAUUUGCCAGCAGAAUUGUCAAUUACUGAAAUGCACAAUGCAUUUUUAGAAGAACAUGAAGGAAUUGUUUGUUCCUAUGAUUUAUACAGAUCAGUUUUAUUGGAAAUGAAUGUUUCAUUUUCGAAACUAGGACAUGAAGAAUGCGAGAAAUGCACAAGUUAUAAGCUUCACAAUCCACAGCACGUACAAGAAAAUGAUGAGUCGUGUUUGGAGUGCACAGAAUGGCUGGCUCACAAAAAAAAGUAUACAGAAGCUCGUAUGUCUUACGGUGAAUAUAUUGAUGAAAACCGAUUGAAUGAAUAUAGUAAUGACGGAAUUGUGGUUUGUUCCAUGGAUCUUCAAAAAGUGUUGAUGUUACCCCACAUGGAACAGUUCAAGCAAGCUGUAUUCACUAAAAGAAUAGUUUUAUUUAAUGAGUCAUUUGUACCUAUUGGCAAAAAACCAAAAAUUGAGCCCAUGGCUUGCUUAUGGCAUGAAGCUAUAUCAGGCCGGAAAAAGGAAGAUAUAACAAGUGCUUUGCAUGCGUUUCUUUUUCAUUAUAGGGAUGCCAAAGAAAUCCAUCUAUGGAUGGAUAAUUGUGCAAGUCAAAAUAAGAACUGGUCUUUGUUCUCCUACAUGGUUGGCUUGAUAAAUUGCUCAGAAAUUGCAAGUAACAAAAUUGUCUUCAACUAUUUGGAACCUGGACACACUUUUAUGUCCGCUGACCAGUUUCACCAUCAGGUUAACCAACAGAUCAAAACAAAAGGCAAAGUCUAUGAUUUUGAUGAUUUUCAAGACGCUGUGAUGAAAAGCAAUUCUGGCAAAGUAAUUGUGAAAAGUCUUCAACAUACUGAUUUCUUCAAUUCUUUUGAUUACUCUUCUACGUAUAAAAUUACAAACAAGAUUCCGCGGCCAUACCUCAGCGAGAUGGUCCAAGUAAUUUUUCAAAGAGGCUCUUUUGACAUCCAGUACAAGACCUCAUUUAUCAGUGAACAAAUUGAAAGUAUUUCAAUUUUGAAAGCAGGUUACCUAAAAAAAAAACAGGUUCCCAUGCCUACCCGAAGAUCAAACCCAAGAGGGAUAAAUCAAGCUAAAAAAGCUGACAUCAUCCAAAAGCUACUGCCUUUGAUGCCUGAAAACAGGCGCUCAUUUUGGUUGGACCUACCUGCGAGUAGUGACGUGCCAGAUUUGGUAACUGACCAAGAAGUUGAGUAAAGUGUUAAGAGUAAAAUGAUGUUCUAGAGGAACUAUAGAUGAUCAGUGUAUUUUUAUAAUGAACAAGAGUUUAAACAAUAAGAAACUAGGUCCAUUAAAGAUUUUAUAACUUUUACGUUUUACUUAAGUAUUAAAUAGAAAAAAUGUUGGCCUAGACAAGAGUAUUAUGUUGUAACCAAACAUGAAAGUUAGUUAAAGAACUUUUACGUUUUACUUAAGUUGUUGGCUUAGAGUAUUUUAUAACUUAACUAAACAUUAAAGUAUAAAGUGGCUUAAAGAAAUGCCUUUCUGCUUACAUUUUUCUAAAUGUAAAUCUUG